GUCGCAGGCGUGAGCGGCUGUGUUUUGGCUUUCUGGCUGUCAGGAGGUUCUGGCGGCCUCCCCGAUGGUGGCAGGCGGGUGAGCGAGGGCUCGAAUGGGAAGGCGGAAGCGCACGGUUGGGGGCGAGCGGUGGGGAGGCCGAAACGGAGGCCAAGCGAGUCCAGCAAACUAGGAACCUUGGUUGGCAUUAAAAAUAAAGUGGAGUCUUGCGGCACCUUGAAGACGAAUAAAGUUUUACCCUGGCGCAAGCAACUGCAGACUAGAGUCGCCUUCUAGAUACCGAUUGCAGUUGAAGAACUGGGCUCUAAUCCACGAAAGCGCGUCCUGCGCCAAAAUCGUGUUAGUCUUCAAACUGUCACACGACUCCAGUUUACUUUUAAUGCAAACAGGCUGACUCGCCUGCCUCUCUCGGAAAUUCGGAUCUGUUUUACCUUGAGCAGUUGCUCCGACUCAGCCUUUAUAGGGCGCUCGGAGGGUGAAACGCUUCCCUCUUUCUCUUGGUACCAUGGCAGCUCACUGGAAGAAUGUACUAGUGAUGCUACUUGCUUGUCAAGGACUUCUAAUGACAAGCACUUACAAUGAAGAAGAGGAUGUACCCGAAGAAUGGCUUCUCCUUCAUGUGGUUCAAGGUCAGAUUGGUGCUGGAAAUUAUAGUUACUUGAGAUUAAAUCAUGAAGGGAAGAUAGUGCUUCAAAUGCACAGUUUAAAGGGUGAUGCAGACUUGUAUGUAUCUGAUAAGACCCUUCACCCCAGUUUUGAUGAUUAUGAAUUACAAUCUGUAACUUGUGGCCAAGAUGUGGUUCAUGUGCCAGAACACUUUCACCGCCCAGUAGGAAUUGGAAUUUAUGGUCAUCCCUAUCACCUGGAAAGUGAAUUUGAAAUGAAAGUAUACUACGAUCAGACAGCUGUCAAAUAUCCAUUGGAUGCGGGCUCUUACAAUCCAGAAGACAUGGAGAUAAACCUGAAGCAAUUUCAUUCAACAGAAGAUGAGUCUCAGGAUGAAGAAUCAGUCUUCUGGACUAUACUGAUUGCAAUACUAAAAAUAAUAGCUGAAAUCCUUUUUUGGCUUUAUGACUAAGCUAGUUACAGGUAGUCACCUGAAAUCAAAUAAACACUUUUAUGUGAGAUUAGUACUAACACUUUCUAUGUUGAGGAUGGGAAAAUAAAGCCAUAUAUAAUUUUUUAUUGUUAAUAUGCUGCAGCAUGCACAGUAUUUGUACAUAUUCCCUGUAACCGAGCAGUGUCAAUUAUGAAAAUUGCAGUUCACUGUGACUUUGAAUAAAAUUUAUUUUCUGUAUACAAUUUUUAAAGUUUUAGGAAUGGGAGACUGCAAGUUGAACAUUUCAUGUUUCAAAUGUAGCCAUAUACUUGUUCUUUCCAGUGGCUAUACUAUGAGCAGGUAAUCACUGGAACUUAAACAUUGUUUAAUUGGGCUUGUGCAUGUUUGAAUCAUUUGCCAGUAAACGUUCUGUAACAUAAAUAGGGGAAUUAUCUUUGCAAGUGCAGGAGUUGUGUGUGCACCAACACCAGAGAUGAGUGGUUUGUGUGAAUGCUCUUGGCCAUUACACGAUGUGGAAGGAGUCUAAAGUUGCAAAAUCACUAGGGUAAUGGAAGUACACUUGAAGACAAAUACUUACUCUCAGUGAGUGCCAGACUAAUCCAAGGUAAUGCUUACUUACCAUAGAUUUCAGCAUGCAGAACUUCUGCUCUAGUGCAGCCUUUUCCCCCCGAUCAAACUCUUAACCAUAUAGAUAUUUUAUGUUAC